GGCGCGAUGGCGCCAAGUACCACAGCGAGAAGCCAACGUGAUCCGGCGAGAAAAAAAAGAUGAACCCCUGGAUUUCUCUUCUUUCAGCCUGACAUCAGCGUCACUGUACGACCCCAGACGUCCCUCCUUUUUUACGUCGCUCUUCGAUUCUUGCUUGUCCAUAUUUUCAAUCCUUCCGUUAUCUUCUCGUCGGUGUAUUAUUGCCCUCGUCUUCUCUCGCACUCCUUCCCCUCCGCUCUGCCAACUCCAGCUUGCCUCGGUUCUAGCGCCGCCCGAUACGUCACGCACUUCGAGUCAUUCAAGGACGUCGUAUUAUCGAAUACAAUCCGACUGGGGGAAAGGAUUACCCGACAUUUUUCUCCGGAGAAAACUUCUCGCAUUACACUAUCAUGGGCCGCGCGCGCAAGUCGAGCAACCUUGGGGCUGACAUUCGGGGAGACACUAGCGCUCCGGCGAUGUCUACCAUGAACGAGGUCAGCCCAGUCGAUGCAAAGCCACCGCAAUGGGACAAUGUCGUUCAAUCCACCUCGGAGAAGUCGUCCAAGCCGCAGUCGAAGCGUCGCAGAAGCCGAUCAUAUCUGCGCCGCUUCAAGGAUACAUGCCUUAAGCAUACUUGGGUACUGCCUCUAGUAAUAAUGGCGGUUCUCCUUCUCGCGUAUGCCGUCAACCCGACCACGUCGAACCCGAUGCACUCCGCCAUCUUCCUAUCUUACCCCGAGCCCCCGAAAACUCCUGGCGGUCCGAUUAUGUAUGGUAAAGGCCCAAAGGAUAUUGCCUUCUGCUGCUUCUAUACGGUCGUUCUCUCUUUCACGCGCGAGUUUCUGAUGCAGCGCUUAAUCCGCCCUCUCGCCGUAUACUGUGGAAUCCGCGGAAAGGGUAAAACAGCCCGGUUCAUGGAACAGGUGUAUACCGCCAUCUAUUUUGGCAUAUUCGGUCCCUUCGGUCUUUACGUCAUGAGCCGCACCAACAUCUGGUACUUCAACACAACUGCCAUGUUUGAAGGAUUUCCUCAUCGGUCGCACGAGGGCCUUUUCAAGGCAUAUUACCUACUCCAGGCCAGUUACUGGGCGCAGCAAGCUAUUGUUCUCCUUCUGCAGUUGGAGAAGCCACGAAAGGACUUUAGGGAGCUUGUUGGACACCACAUCAUCACACUCGCCCUUAUUGCGCUGAGCUACAGGUUCCACUUCACGUACAUCGGUCUUGCUGUCUACAUCACUCAUGACGUGUCGGAUUUCUUCCUUGCGACCUCCAAAACACUCAACUACAUCGACGCUUACAUCACUGCUCCCUACUUCGGGUUUUUCGUUUUCGUCUGGAUCUAUCUUCGCCACGUACUGAACCUCAAAUUCCUUUGGGCUGUUCUUACCGAAUUCCGCACUGUCGGUCCCUUUGAGUUGAACUGGGAAACCCAGCAGUACAAGUGCUGGAUCAGUCAGUACAUCACGUUUGCCCUACUCGCCAGCUUGCAAGCUGUCAACGCCUUCUGGCUCUUCCUGAUUUUGCGCAUCCUCAAGAACUACCUGUUUACCUCCAUCAAGAAGGAUGAACGUAGUGAUGAUGAAGAUGAGGAGGAAGAGGAAGAGGAGCUCAACCAGGCAGGCAACAGCACCGCAGCUGUGGCUACUGGUACUGAGCAGGCGUCUCUAACGGCACGCUCGGUCAAUGCGGAGAAAAAGACACCGCAGGUUAUGGUCAACGGGCAGCCAGUGAAGCGGUAAUGCCGCAAAUCUUCUCGAUAAUGGGCCCUGGCUCCCACCGCGCAUUCACUCAGGAUUACUUGGAUGCAUAUAAGGACGUUCGCUCAUGCGACUGUACCAACCAGGAACCGCUGAUAUAAUGUCGCUUUAAAGCUACUACGGACAUCAUUUGUUCCUUGCUACUAGAGUUUAUUGCAUGUGCUGGUCGUUGUUAUCAAACUCGGCACGCACUUUUUACUUCUUCCUUGUACCACCUUUGGUUUGUAUUGUGUCAGAAAAGGCGCGCUCGAAUGGAUAUAGCGAUGAUUCAUGAAGAAGCAUUAUGGUGGAAUUAGGUAGCUACUAGGUUAGGUGCCUAUUUACCGUUUCUUAAUAAUACUAAUGUUAAUGUGAAAACCUGCCGACUAUGAGCCUGAUAUUCUCCAAACUCUUCCUUGCGUAGAGCUAGACGGAAUGUUUACCCAGACGGGGGUCCAGUGACUCUAGCCACUCAUUAAGC